CAAUUAGUUAAAAUUGAAAGAUUGUCAAAGAAUGUAUACACCCUUUCUUCCUUCCUUCCUCCCGGUUAGGUCAUAUCGACCUACCCUAUAGCGCCGGCGCUAAUAACGUGAAGGAAGGGGAAAUGAGGAAGAUGGGUGGUGUAGAGAAGAUGGUAGUUGAAGGGAUGCGCGAGAGACGACGGUACACGAGUUUAUUCUAGCAUCAUUCGACGCUAUCUCAGUGCAAGAAUGGACCGCGACGAUGCGACGCUAUGCGUCAAAAAAUAUCCACGAAACCAUCGUAGAAACAUUGAAUAUUGAAAGGAUCAAAAAACAAAGACAAAGAGAAAAAUAAACAUAAUGUAAUCGCGAAAUUAACGUAAAAUCACAAAAGUCUUCCAUUACCAUAUAUAUAUACACACAUAUAUAUAUUAUCGACGUAUAUCUACAUAUCUAUAUAUAUAUAUAUAUAUAGAUACAUAUACAUAUAUAAAUAUACUUAUGUACACAUUAGAUAUUAAGUGUUAAGAUCGUGUUGGGAAGUGUAACGUUAGAUUUCUAACAUACGUGCCAACGAAAGUGAUAUUUCAAAUGUGAACAAAAGCAUCUCUUCAAAAUCGUAUAUAUGAAAAACAAAAAAUAAAUUAAAAAAUAUAUAUAUAAAAUAAAAGGAAAUUCUUCCAAGAAAAAUAAAUUAACAAUUUAUUCUCGACAAAAUUAAAAUACCAGUGGGAUAAAUGCAAUAACUACCACCAUAUCGUACUUUGAUUGGUAACGAGAAUGAUUUGUUGAAUUGCAUAAAAAAGAAGAAAAGAAUAUUUCAAAGAGAAUUUGAAAAUAAAGAAAAUAUAUCAAGAAGAGAAUGCAACACGUCGAUAUAAGAAUAUAUAGAUGAUGAUGAUGAAUAAUUUCAAUGUUCCAGAUAUCCGAAAAUGAAGGAUACGACAAUAGCUAGCGUGCCUGAUCCAAAGUCUUCCUUAUUAUUUAAGCAAAUGAUCUCGAUGAUCAAAUAUUCACGUGUAUACGUAUAAUUAAAACGUAUACAUAUUUAUAUAUAUGAUAUAUACAUAUACCAAUGUAUAUCUAUAAAAUAUUCUUAUAAGAUUGUAUGUAUAAUAGACGUAUAUAUAAAAAAAGAAAUACGUACGAUGAAAAUCAUUAUGAAUAACAAUAAUGUUGAGUGAAAAUAUAUACGAGGAAAAAUAAGAUACCAAAGAGAAAAAAAAAAUUAUCGAUUGAGAACAAUACGUGAUACAUCAAGAAUAUAUCAUUGAAAGAAUAAAAGAAACAUAAACGAGCAUUGCACACACUACGUUUCCGGCAUUCUCGCCAAAUAAUUGUUCUACCCAGCGAAAGCAAGAAGAUUUCGAAUACAAAAGGCUUUCUUGGAACUCUGCUUCUUGCAUGUACGCGCGCGUGUGUAUGUAUGUGUGUGUGUGUAAAGGAUGAGUACAAUAAAGGAAGGAAAAGCAUUACGUUCGCUAUCCUAUUCAUAGUCUUGUUACUCGUCUGACUAUCGCAAAUGCCUUUCACAUCAAGGUGGGAUUCAUUUCUAUGUGUGCCGCCAUCGUGUCUUCUUCAUCUUCAUCAUCUUGAUUAUCUUGAAGAUUCGAAUGAGGGCGUUUUUUUGAUUCUAAUUUAAAAUUGAGAUUAUAUAAUCAAAGAUCAAUUAUUUUCAACGAAUUGAAAAGAAGAAUUUGAAGAAUCCAUGUGUACCGAAUAUAAAUAUAUAAAUAUUUGAAAAAGGGGAAUAGAAAUCUUUCAAAGAAGAAAUGAAGAAAUAAAAAUAAUCAUUUCAAAAGUCAUCGUCGCUAUUAUUAGUCGUUCGACGGAAUUCGUUAUUUUUUUAUUUAUUAAUUCUUUUAUAACAAUCGAGGGGAAUGACUAUGUCCACGACAACACCAAUACCAACACCAACGCAGAAGGUAGCUCGAGGACGAGGGCCAGCAGAUGGUCGUGCUUUUUUCGAAACGUUAUGGCGUGGUAAUUUUUUCCUCGAUCGACAGAAAGUUUUCAAACGCGGUCGUAAACGCAAGCUGCAAGCUUUAAAUGAGAAAAAACGUGCCCAAUUACAAAUGCGACAACAUUGUUGUUGCUGUCAACGUAUACAACUUCAUCUUCUUGCCGGACGGGGAAAUAAUGUUCGCUCCGUUGUUAGUGUUCGAGAAACACAUCAAAUAGCCGAGGCACAACAAGAAAAAAAUGCUAAGUUGCGGGAAGCCUUUGGAAUAUCAGAAUUCUUCGUGGAAGGAAGUAGCCUAGAUCCGGAAAGGCGGGCACGAGAAGCCGAGGCAAGAGCGGCGGCGAACAAGGUUUAUGAAUUAGUUCGUACUCCGAGCCCUGCUCCGGAUACUACCUCUGCUCCGGAAAAGAAGAAUAAGAGAAAACGUUCUGGUAGCACGUCCAAGAAGAAAAAGGGAAAGAAGCAUAAAAAAGAAAGGUCCGAAUCUCCAAGGACGUCCAAGAAAAAAGAAAAAGCUAAGAAAAAGAAAAAGGAGAAAAAACACAAAAAGGUAGAGGCCAGUUCUUCUGACAGUGAAUCCAGUGAUGAUACCGAAGAGAGCUGUUCGUCUGAAGCUGAAUCAAAAAAGAAGAAAAAGAAGAAAAAAAAGAAAAACAAAGUUGAAGGAAAAGAAAAAUCUGAGAAGAAAAAAGCAGCACUAAAGAGGAAACAUCAAUCAACGGAUAGCUCUACAGACAAUUCUCCAGAGAGGCCAAAGAAAAGUGCGAAACAUGAUAAAGUUAUUAUAGAAAAGAAUACAUUUGAUGAAGGUGAAAAUGUUACAAAAGAGUAUCGAGUAAAUAGAUCUCCAAAAAAAGCAGUGGAAAGAUCAUCUCGCAAUGAAACACCACCUAUCAAGAAAAAGGAAUCAGUCGCAAAGAAAACUACUAUUACAGAUAAAAGAGAUAAAUCACCGAUUACACAUAAAACCCCACCACCUAGGCGUCAUAGAUCUCCAUCCAGAGGUAGAGCAGAUAGAGGAAGAUCUCCUAGAAGAUAUUCGAGAUCACGACGCGUGACAUCUUCUCCGAGAAGAAGAAGGAUUUCAAGGUCACCUCGACGUUAUAAUAGAUUUUCUAUUUCAAGAAGUAGAAGUCGAUCGAGAUAUGAUCGUUAUGGAUCAAGACGUAGACUUUCUCCGAUACAUAGACGUAGGAGAUCAGAUUCUCGUAAAAGAUCUAGAUCUCCAAGAAGACCAAAAGAAAGGAGAGACAAAUCGCAGGAGCGUCGUAGAAGCCGCACUAGAUCCAAGAGUAGAUCUAGACGAUCGUCUUUGAGUUAUUCACCAGUACGGAAAAAUCCGGAACGUUAUAAGGAUAUAUUAGAAGAUAAGAAAAAGCGAGAACAAAAAAGAGAUCGGGAUGUUAGGCAAAAAUCUCGAUCAAUAUCGAAAGGUAGAAAAAUACAAAUGAUUACUCCACGAGUAAGUUUGAGAUCUUCUAGUGAAGAUGAGGGUGAUAUAGCGGACGAUGAACCUAAACAAGAAGAUGAGGAAAAAAUUAAGGAAUUGAACACGUUGAAACGUUUACAAAGUGGAUUAGCUGCGAAGGCUAGAGAAACGUUAGGGAAAAAAGUGAUAAGUCCUAUAAAAGUUAAAUUAGAAAAAAAAGAAGAAUCAGUUUUCGAUAUAGCAUUACCGGUGGAACCACCAAAACUAACAGAAGACCCAACAAAUUCUUCUUCCAAAGAAAAAUUAAUCUCCCCUGUACGUUUACUUCCUGUACAAUCACCAGUUUCCAGUCGAUCACCUUCACCAGCAUUACCAUUGACUCGUGAAGAAGCUGCUAUCAAAAUUCGAUCACCUAGCGAAUCGCCACCUCCCCUGUCGCAAACACUAUUGGAUAAAACUAGUCCAAAGUCGCCAGUUAUGUCGGCAACUGCAACAACAACAACAACAACAACAAAACAGUUCUCUUCGGGUCCUAGUAAUUCUAAGAAGAGUUCUCCUAUAAUUCUCCAGAAACCUUCUCCAAAAAGUAAUUCUUUGACACAUUCACCACCUACUACGACUUCUCACAAAGAUGUUAUAAUAAAGUUAAGAUCUCCAAGUGAGUCACCACCAUCUUUACCAAGUGACACAAUUCACAAAUCCGACACAAGAUCUAGAUCUCCGAGUACAUCGAAGAGAAAUUCUCCAAUACCUAGAAAACAUUCUUUAAGAGAGAAAUCAUAUUCUAGAUCCCCAUCCAGAUCAUACACAAGGUCAUUAUCUUUGGAAAAGAGGUCUUCCAGAUCACCGAGACACCGUUCAAGAUCUUUAUCCAGAAAUAGAUCGCAUUCGCGUGCUCGUAGCAAAAAAUCAGUAUCUCCAAAGCACAGACCAUCGAGAUCCGGAUCUAGAUCAAAGAAAUCACCAAAUUCUCUUCAAACACACUCGAAAAGAAUAUCAAGGUCAAGAUCUUCCUCUGGAUCAAAACACUCUCCAUCGAGAUCCGCGUCAAGAUCAAAAAAGUCACCUUCCCAAUCGCCUGGAAAGUCAAGAUCUAGAAGUAGAAGCAUAUCGUUGUCUAAAAGAUCUAGAAGUUGUUCUUUAUCGAAAAAAUCCAGAAGUAGAUCUUUGUCGAAGGAAUCUAGAAGUUGUUCGAUAACUAAAAAAUCAAGAAGUCGUUCUUUAUCUAAAAAAUCGAGAAGUCGUUCAGCCUCAAAGAAAUGCAGAAGUCGUUCGUUAUCAAAAAAAUCAAGAAGUCGAUCUAGAUCGGCAUCUAGAAUGUCAAGAGAGAAAGAAAAGCGAAGUAGAAGUAGAAGUACCUCUCGUUCUUCUGUCAGUUCGGCAAGGCAUAGUCGUCGCAGCUUUUCAAGUUCUACACGGUCAACCAGCAGCGUUUCUAGUAGAUCCUCGCGCUCAACUUCCAGCAGUUCGGGUUCUAGUAGAUCCCGUUCACCGUCUAUACCACGUCGUCAUGGUUCGCCUAGUUUUCUUGAUAGACGUCGUAUUACAAGUGCCAGGAAACGACCGAUCCCAUAUCAUCGACCAACUCCAACGCCGCCUUCAUCACCAAGUAGUUCAGAGAGCAGUAGACACAGUAACUGGUCGAGUCAGAGUCAUCGAUCAAGCUGCUCUCCGAGUCGAAGUCCAUCUUACACACGUUGAAACGUAUUAAUCGAAUUGUCCUUAAAAGAGAACAUAACGUUCCUUUCUAUUAUAUCAAAUUUGGAAUAAGCUCAUUUGUUUGUUUAUAAUAGCGCAUACCUAAGAAAUUGUCCAUAGUUUAUUACAUAUUCCAUUCCAAAUUUGAUAGAUAUAGUUUUAAAUCUUCAUAAAUUCUUUAUGAACAAAUUUGCUCUCCUUUAAAUCUUCUAACUUGAUAAUACUCAUCGAUGGUUGCUCUCAUCUCUUAAAUAUUAUGAAUUUAAGUAUAUUAGUAUUAUUCCCCUUCCGGAUAACCGAUCCUCUUUCCAAAGAAAAAGAAAUUAUAGAUCAUAUUUGUAGUAGAUACGAUGCAUGCAUUUUGGCAAAACAAUACUAUAAAGCACUUUGUAUAGUAAAGUUAAGUUGAUAUAAUAUUUAUUUUAUUAUAAUUUAUUCUCGAAAACGUAUCAAAUAACGUUGGGAAAGAUGAUAUUUUAAUAAUAAUGGUAAUAUGUGUAACUUAUGAAACUUUUAUAAAGAAAGAAAAGUGUUUAAGUUACAACUCUUAGAUUUGAGGUAAUGGAAUCUUUCUAAAAAAAAAAACGAUGUGUGUCCCAACACCAUAAACUUUAACAUUGUAUAAGCAAUAUAAGAAUAGGAGAUUAUAUCAUUAAUUACAUUAAUACUAAACAUCUUUACUCUAAGGAUUUAUAUAAUUAUUUAAUAUUUAUUAUUUCUGAAGAAAAAAAAACAAUUCUCCAUUUUAACUGAUAAUACUAUGUAUGUACAUUUUAAUAAUUACUUGAUUGUGUAAAAUUGUUUGUUAUACAAACACGUGCUAGUCAAAUUUUAUGUGUUACUAGUGAGAAAUAAUGUUCUUAAAGUUCAACUUAUUUGAAAAAUGAUUGUAAGUCACUUUUCCUGUGCAAUGUUUUCCUGCCAUUACUUGUAUAAAUAGAUGUGCCUAUUCUUUAGAAAAAUUAUUUCAGCUCUAUUACAUUCAGUAUAAAUUACUUUCUAUAAAUAUAUAAUGGUAUUCAUUUAUUUAUUUAUUUAUUUUAUUUAUAUACUAAUUAUUUAUUUAUUAUUUAUAUAUAUUUUUGUAUUAAAUAAUAUGUAAUUAUAUAUAUAUAUAUAUAUAUAUAUAUAUAUAUAUAUAUAUAUAUAUUACGCUUUGUCCAUGGUAAAUAUUUGACAAAGCACAGAGGGAAUUAUAGCAAUGAAUAUUUGUUUGCAAUACUCCACCUACCUAUAUAUAAAUAAGUCAUAAAUGUUAUUUGGUCAUAAGACCAGGCAGCGUACCAAAAGACAUAACUAGACUCUAGUCUUAUUUAUUCAAGAGUUAAGUCUUAAAGAUGUAUGUAUAAGGUUGAAAAAAUCAUGUUUGGAAAAUCUACAUUAUUUAUAAAUAGAAGAGACCUGUAUAAUGUUAGGGCUGAAUAAAGUACUAUUACAAACAUAUAAAAUAUUUAAGAUCUCUUUCUAAUUAUUAUAUCUAUCGUUCUACCACAGUUUUAUACAGAAAAUUUCUUUUUCUGAUCGUGGUAAAUAGUACAAAAAAUUGAUUUGUGUCCUACAAUAUUUUUUUUGAGAACAAUUAUAAAGAGUACUUUACACAGUCCUAAAUAACAUUAGUUCAUUGUAAUGACUGAUACAAUUUAUCAAAUAUAUUUGUCAAUUGCAGUGGUGACCAUUACCAUACAUAUCUAUAUUAUCUAUUGACUAUUCUUUUAAGCCUUUAAAAUAUUCCAUAUAUAAUACUUCAUUUAAUAAUAUCUUUUUACCUAUAGCAUUUUUUGCAGCUUAAUUUGGAUCUGAUAUUUAUUUAACUAUAUUAUACCAUUAAAACUUCUCUACUUAUUACGAACAUAUGCUUCCUUUAAGGAUCAAAAUAAAAAUAGAUAGGUAUCAAUAUAUAUAAUUUCUCUCAUUAUCCUAAAAUACACCACUAGCUUUUGACAGCAAUAUUUGCUGUUUAUAACUUAACUGAAGCAACUGUUAUUAUCAUUAAAAGAAAACAAAUAUACAAACAUAUAUAUAUAUAUACAACAUUAUAUAUAUAUAUAUAUAUAUAUAUAUAUAUGGGUGUAUGUGUGUGCGUGUGUCUGAUAAUACCUGAUCAUUCCUGUAACAUAUUCUGUAUUGUUGUUGUGUGAUUAAAUCAAAGCUUGAACAUUAGAA